GGCGGGCAGCGGCCGGGGCUGGGGGCGCGGAGGCGGAAGAGGGGCGGGCGCGAGCCCCGGGACCCGCGGGCAGCACCGCAGCCGCUCCGCGAAGCGUCCGCGCCCGACGGGGGGCAGCCGCGAUGGCCGUGCGCUCCCGCCGCCCGUGGAUGAGCGUGGCGUUGGGGUUGGUGCUGGGCUUCACCGCCGCGUCCUGGCUCAUCGCCCCCAGAGUGGCCGAGCUGAGCGAGAGGAAGAGACGCGGCUCCAGCCUCUGCUCCUACUACGGCCGCUCGGCCGCUGGCCCCGGUGCCGGCGUGCAGCAGCCGAUCCCCCAGCCCCAGCCCCGGCCUCAGCUGGAGGCGUCGCCGCCCCCCGCGCGCCCGGGGCGCCAGGGGCCGCAGCUGCCCGAGGCUGCGCUCGGGGUAACCAGUUUUCGGAGCAGCCCCUGGCAGCAGCCACCUCCCUUGCAGCAGCGGCGGAGAGGACGGGAACCCGAAGGCGCGACGGGGCUCCCCGGCGCUCCGGUAGCCGAAAGAGACCCCGAAGAAGAGGACGGGGGCGCGGCUGCACAGCGGAGAGGUGGCCGGCCGGGAAGUAGCCACAACGGCAGCGGGGAUGGGGGCGCCGCCACCCCGAGCUCCAGACCCCGGGAUUUCCUCUACGUGGGGGUCAUGACCGCGCAGAAGUACCUGGGCAGCCGUGCGCUGGCGGCGCAGCGGACCUGGGCGCGCUUCAUUCCCGGCCGCGUGGAGUUCUUUUCCAGCCAGCAGCCCUCCAACGCCGGGCUCAUCCAACCCCCGCCACCUCUGCCUGUUAUAGAGCUGCCAGGAGUGGACGACUCCUACCCUCCCCAGAAAAAGUCCUUCAUGAUGAUCAAGUACAUGCACGACCACUACCUGGACAAGUAUGAGUGGUUCAUGCGCGCCGACGACGAUGUCUACAUCAAAGGUGAUAAGUUGGAAGAAUUUCUUAGAUCUUUGAAUAGCAGCAAGCCUCUCUACCUGGGCCAGACAGGCCUGGGCAAUACUGAAGAACUUGGGAAGCUGGGCCUGGAACCUGGCGAGAACUUUUGUAUGGGAGGACCUGGCAUGAUCUUCAGUCGAGAAGUUCUCAGGAGAAUGGUGCCGCAUAUUGGUGAAUGCCUCCGAGAAAUGUACACAACCCAUGAAGAUGUGGAAGUAGGAAGAUGUGUUCGACGUUUUGGUGGAACUCAGUGUGUCUGGUCUUAUGAGAUGCAGCAACUGUUCCAUGAAAAUUAUGAACACAAUAAAAAAGGUUAUAUUCAAGACCUUCAUAAUAGCAAAAUCCAUGCUGCUAUAACACUUCAUCCCAACAAGAGGCCUGCCUAUCAAUACAGGCUUCAUAAUUAUAUGCUGAGCCGUAAAAUUUCUGAACUUCGCUACCGCACCAUCCAGCUCCACCGGGAGAGUGCUCUGAUGAGCAAACUCAGUAACAGUGAAGUAAGCAAGGAAGACCAGCAGCUGGGAGUGAUGCCGUCUUUCAAUCAUUUCCAGCCUCAGGAGAGAAAUGAAGUGAUAGAAUGGGAAUUCCUGACUGGAAAGCUCCUUUACUCUGCAUCUGAAAAUCAGCCUCCUCGACAGAGCAUCAACAGCAUCCUAAGAACAGCACUGGAUGACACUGUUCUCCAAGUGAUGGAGAUGAUCAAUGAGAACGCCAAGAGUAGAGGAAGGCUCAUUGACUUCAAGGAAAUUCAGUAUGGUUACCGCCGAGUUAAUCCCAUGCAUGGGGUGGAAUACAUUUUGGAUUUGCUUCUCUUAUACAAAAGACACAAGGGGAGGAAGUUGACAGUUCCAGUCAGACGUCAUGCUUAUCUUCAGCAGCUGUUCAGCAAGCCUUUCUUCAGAGAAACUGAAGAGCUUGAUGUCAACAGUCUGGUGGAGAGUAUUAACAGUAAUUCACAAUCAUUUUCUUUUAUUUCAAAUUCUUUAAAGAUGUUAUCUUCUUUUCAAGGUGCCAAAGAAAUGGGAGGGCACAGUGAAAAGAAAAUCCAUAUUCUUGUUCCUCUCAUUGGAAGAUACGAUAUUUUCUUGAGAUUCAUGGAGAACUUUGAAAAUACUUGUCUUAUCCCAAAGCAGAAUAUAAAACUGGUCAUCAUCCUUUUCAGUGGGGAAACGGAUCAGGAGUCUAACAAACAUAUUGAGCUGAUAAAAGAAUAUCAGAACAGAUACCCUAAAGCAGAAAUCACACUGAUACCAAUGAAAGGAGAAUUUUCCAGAGGUCUUGGUCUUGAAAUGGCUUCUUCCCAGUUUGAUAACGAUACUUUGCUGCUAUUUUGUGAUGUUGACUUGAUUUUCAGAGUAGACUUUCUCCAGCGAUGUAGAGACAAUACAAUUCAGGGACAACAGGUAUACUACCCCAUCAUCUUUAGCCAGUAUGACCCAAAGGUAACCAACAGGGGAAAUCCUACCACUGAUGAUGACUUUGUCUUUUCAAAGAAGACUGGAUUCUGGAGAGACUAUGGAUAUGGAAUUACCUGUAUUUACAAAAGUGAUCUUCUGGGUGCAGGUGGAUUUGAUACCUCAAUACAAGGCUGGGGACUCGAAGAUGUAGAUCUCUAUAAUAAAGUUAUCUUAUCUGGCUUAAGACCUUUCAGAAGUCAAGAAGUAGGAGUGGUGCAUAUUUUCCAUCCAGUUCAUUGUGACCCUAACUUGGACCCUAAGCAGUAUAAGAUGUGCUUAGGAUCUAAGGCAAGUACUUUUGCCUCAACCAUGCAACUAGCUGAACUCUGGCUGGAAAAACAUUUGGGUGUCAGGUACAAUCGAACUCUCUCCUGACAGUCCGGGCAACACGUAUUGCCUUUUAAAAGGGGAGUUUACCUCAUUUUGGGUUGUUAUUAUUUUAUUUUAUUUUUAUUUUUAUUAUUAUAUGGUUAUAAUUUUAUUUUGUUGUCUUGGUCUUAAACUACUCCUGGGUGUCUUCCAACGGGUGUUCGAUGACUUCAAGCAAGAAGAGUCUACAGUUCACUGAUGUUUCGGAUUUCUACUGAAGUCAAAUAUAUGUAUUACUUUUAUAUAUCUUUAUUUGAUACUGAGUUAAAUCAUGGCAAUCAAGUGACUUUUGAAGCUCAUCCACCAUAAGAGACAGCUUAGAAGAAUGUUCUCUUGGGGCUUAAAGAUGCAAUAUUGACUUUCAUUUUGUUUGUCAAAUUCAAUGUGAUACAAGUAUUUACUGGUGAAAGGUACCACAAAAGUGCUUUAUGCUUCCUAUGGGGAAGGGACUCUGUAACAUAAACUUGAGUUUUGUAAUUUAUACAAGGACUUAAAUAUAUAGACGAUAAUUUUCUUCAUCUUUAGAAUUUUUAAAGUAAAUGAACACGUAUGAUUGUAUGUUUAUUUUUUAAAAAAAUGUUUUAAAAAUUGAGGAGUUUUGUUCCACAAGCAACCGGUACUGGCUACCCUGGUCUUAUGACAAUUAUGUACUCCUCACAGUGGUCUGCUAUAAAUGCGAAUGAACUUUAUUUUCUCAAGGAAAUAUGAUUUAAUUAAAUAAUCACAUAUGUUUUAGAAGCUUUAUGAAACAAUGUCCUUACUUUGCUGGCAAGAAGAUAAAAUAUGACACAACCUGGUUAUUUAUAAUAAAACACAGGUAUAACAGUAUUCUUUUUUCAAAAACACUGAAAAAGUUGUGUUGUUUCCUUUUAGUCAUAUAGAUAUAUUUAUUUUUUUAUUGAGGCAAUGUUGGUUUACCUUGUAAAUGUUUCAGAGGUAUGAUUUUAUAUCUCCUCAGAUAUAUGUCACCACACCACACUCACUCACAUCUAGAGUAUAAAUAUCCCUUCAUGACAGUCCGUUGGAAUGAUCAUACAAAAAUGUGCUUGCUAUGCAGGCCGGAAAAAUUAUUAUGGCAUUUUGGACAUAUACUUCUGCUCCAUUUUGCUUUAAUUUGAGCAUUCAGAUGUGAUUAAAAUGAUCAUUUUCUCUUUUCAAUAGUUUACAAUUUAGGUUAAGAAUUCUUCUGAAUCCCUUCAGCCUCGUGAUCAAAAUGAAUGAAGUUAAGGUUAAAAAGCAGCCUUUAUUAUGGGCUGGUGAGCAGACCAAAGAUUAAGAAACUUAAAGAGAAACACACAUAUAUAUGUAUAUAAAAUAAAUUUUACAAUUGAAUUUCACAUUUAGUACUUUCUUAAAACAAUCAGUUGGUGGGGCCGGAGUGAUAGCACAGCAGGUAGGGCGUUUGCCUUGCACGCGGCCGACCCGGGUUCGAUCUCCCGGGGGGGACAUCUCAUAUGGUCCCCCAAGCACUGCCAGGAGCAAUUCCUGAGUGCAAAGCCAGGAGUAACCCCUGAGCAUUGCUCGGUGUGACCCAAAAAGCAAAAAAAAAAAAAAAUCAGUUGGUGUCCAGUUCAUAAAAAACAUAAUCUCACUAAAAAAAACAAAGAGAAAAUGAAGAACAAUGAAGGUCUCAUGAAGAUAUAUUUCUAAACUUUCAUUACAAAUAAUACAAAGACAUGGCUCCAAAAUAAAAAAUUUUAAAUAUCUAUAUUUAUCAGAUGCACUUAUCCACCAGGUCUACCUUUGACCUCAUAUGGUUACUGUUUGGGGUAUGUGUAUGUUUACAUGCAUCUUUCCAGAUUCUCUAGGAAGAGGCAUCUCACUUUUUUACCCUUUAUACACAAAGCAUAACAUAUUGCAGAUAUGGUUUUGUACUUGGUUUUCUUUUUUCCUAUGACACAAUAAGAUAAAAAAUCAUUUAGUUUGAAAGUGAUCAUUGCAAAAUUAUUGCCAUUAUUUUGUACUUAUUGUCUUGAAGUCAUAUGCUGAGUUUGAAAUAGGCUCUUUACCAUGUGACAAUCUCUUUCAGUGGAGACAGUUGAAGACUCUCAAAAUAGCAUUGUUUAAUAUCAUUACAAAUACUAGGAAUGUCUCCUUGACUAACAUAUAAUCUACAUAAUGUCAUGUCCACUUAAUAGGAAUUGUAACACUUUUAGGUGUUAAGAAUUUUGACAGGGCUAACAAUUCAGAAUUGCUCCCUGCUCCAAUAUUGUCUCUGGUCUUAAAACAAACAAAUAUCCUUAAUUUUUCAAUUUAUUUUUCUACACUGCAGGACUUACCUCUUUUGUUAGGUUUUAUUUUCCUGAUGAGUAGAUAUAUCAAUAUGAGAUAAAUAAAGAUGGACAUUUGGGAAGAUCUAUUAUCAAAUAAUAAUUAUUUAUUGUUGAUUAAAAAUAAAUUAUGAUCUAUUAUUUUAAGAUAGAUAACAAAAAUAAUGACUUACUGAGAAAUAAAUAUCAAGGCCUUGUAUAAAAUAUCCCAUCUAAGGAAAUUAUAAAAAUAAAACAUUCUUCUUGGGGCUGGAGCGAUAGCACAGCCGGUAGGGCAUUUGCCUUGCACUCGGCCGACCCGGGUUCGAUUCCCAGCAUCCCAUAUGGUCCCCUGAGCACUGCCAGGAGUAAUUCCUGAGUGCAAAGCCAGGAGUAACCCCUGUGCAUCUCCAGGUGUGACUCAAAAAGCAAAAAAAAAGAAAAAUAAAAAAUAAAACAUUCUUAUGGAUAAAAACGUUUUCCAUAAUAAUUAAAACUGUACUGAUGGACCAAAGGACUGCAGUUAUCUAACAUAAACAUAAUUACAUAAAUAUACACUAUACUUAUAUUAGUAUCAGUGCAUUUGAAUUGUUUUAUUUUUGUACUAUUCUUUCAGGCACUAUAGUGUUACCUGACUGAACAUUUAUUGGAUUGAUUCUAGUAAAAUUCAGAGAAUUUUUCUGUGUAGUAUAUAUAUUUAAAACUCCUUUAAAGUUGAAGGGCAACACAAUAUAAAUGCAACCUGAAACACAAUAAAUGUACAUCACUGGCAUUACUUUAUUUGGACAGUUAUGGGUAUUCUAUUUAAAUGUCACCCAACAGCAAGUCUCAGCCUCCAAAUUCAUCUUAUUGAUUUGCUACUAUCUGCUUAGUACCACACUCUGAAUUUCAAUUUCAUUGCCCUUUGAUGUUAUUUUUUUGUUUUCUUAUUGAACGUAAAUGUUCAUAUAUUUUAGGGGUACAACAUCACCAUGCCAUGUGCAUUGCCAGUGUGCCAAUAUCUCUCCACCAUGCACUGUCCUUUAAAUGUAAUUCUAACAAUAACUCAAACUACUAGUGUUCAUUUCUUCACUAACUAUAUACAGAAAGUGAGGCCCUGGGUGGUUAAGUAACUUGUUUCUAGUUCCCAUAAUUGCCAUGCUGCUAAGCUAAAAUUUAAACUAAUUGCUUUCAGAAUCUGAAGCAAAUCUUUCUACUCUGCCUCAUGGUUUCUUGGGUGCUGAGGUGGUGUAGAAAAUGGGGAGCAAAGAAAACAGGGGUCACUGUGGUUCACAUAUGAUUGAUCGACCAGCAAGCUUGCGUCUGCAGAAUGCUUAUUCUAAACAGAGAUAAGAUUAAUGUUUUGUUCAAUUAGAGUUCCUUGGAUUUUUUCAAUCUUCCUCCUAUCACUUUGCUGGUGUGAGUGGCCCUGUGUUGAGAAAUUUCUUCUGUCACACUUGCUCAAGAACCUAGAUUCCGUCAGCAAAUGGAAAAUAAAAAGCCCUUCUUAGACUCCCUAUUGGCAAUGACAGCUAUUCUAUAUUACCUUAGCCAUAUGAAGGAAGAAGCUAUCCACAAUGAACACCAAUUACCUUAUUACUUGGCUAUUUUUAUCACUUUACACAUACAGAAUUGUCAUAAAGUAACUCUGACCUGUGAUAGUUCUGACUGUAAGAAUUGGGUUUUGUUCCCACGAGUUAAUGAUGGGGAAUAAAAUAUAGGUGUAUGGACUAAUAGUUCAACCAGGAGAAUAAAUAUUCAUUGGAAAACACUGGUAAUAUCUAAGGUAAUAGUUCUAACUUAACUCUGAUCAAAAAUGAGCAAUACGAAUGCUACGUAUCUUUUUCAAUUAGUUGAAAUUAGUUUUAUGGUCCAGAAUGUGGUCUACUUUGGUAAUUGUCCCAAGUAUAGUUGAAUUGUAAUGUGCUGUUAUUAGGUAUAAUGUCCUAUAAAUGUCACUUAGAUCUAAGUUGGUUGAAGUUACAUAACCUCACUGAUUUUUCUGUAUUCUAGUACUUUUAAUUAUUGAGAAAAUAUAUUGAACUCUCCCUUUUAGGUUUUCCCUGAGCCCAGGUAAUUUUCCCAUGAACAUGAAAUUUUUGUUAUUCAAAAGAAAUACUUAGAGGAGGGGCCAGAGCAAAAGUACAGUGGGUAGGGCAUUUGUCUUGCAUGGGGCCCACCCAGGUUCGAUUCCUGGCAUCUCAUAUGGUCCUCCGAGCACUGCCAGGAGUAGUUUCUGAGUGCAGAUCCAGGAGGAACCUCUGAGCAUUAUGGAUGUGACCCCUCUCCCCCCCAAAAAAAGAAACACUUAAAGGAGGGACUAGAGCGAUAGCACGGCGGGUAAGGUGUUUGCCUUGUACACGCCAACCGGGUUCUAUUCCUCUGGCCUUCUCAGAGAGGUACCAAAAGUAUCCUGUCCACACUACAGAGCCUGACAAGCUACCUGUGGCAUAUUCAAUAUGCCAAAAACAAUAACAACAAGUCUCAUAAUGGAGACUUGUUGCUGGUUACUGGUGCCCGCUCAAGCAAAUCAAUGAACAACAGUUCAACAGUGCUACAGUGGAGAACACUGGAUCCCAUUGUUGAUCAGCAUCCCUAUGAAUUAACCACUCUGUUCACAUGGUUGUAUAUAAGAUUAGUCCUAGGAACUCCUUCCAGGAGGAGGUUUUGGAAGAUGAGGUUUUCACUAAUGGCCUAGUUUGCCCAGUUGAAGAACUGAAUUACUACUGGCCCUGCUGAACCUUCAUCUAGAGAGAACACCCUAACUUAGUCUAUGGCCUUAAAAUAGACUUUAUGAUAGUUUAUUCAUCUUUGUCCACUCAACAAAAAAUAUGUUUAAGCUUUGCUGAGGCCAGAAACAACCUACACCAUCACUUUUCAAGCAGUAGCAAUAGAAGAGGUAGGAUGGAGUCCAAGAAUAUGCCAGUGCAGCUCUGCCUGCAUGCCCACAAGCCUAGCUCGGGCUCUAGUAAAACUGCCAAGACUAACUCAACAGAUGGUGGUGAUGAUGAGAUAUCAGCCGUGAUUCAUGCCCCCAGGUGGCAACGUAGCCACAUCUGCAGCAAGCAGCAAACCACCUGGCACCAGCACAGGCUGUCAGGUUAUUCUAGUGUGGACUUCAGUUUGACAUCUGAUUGCAGUUUCCCUCUUCCUUUCUGAUCUCAGGAGCUCCCCCGGUCUGUGCCAAACUUGACAUUCGCCUCCUCUAUGCAGGAUUUUAUUUCAAUUACUACCAAUCCAUAUGUAUUAGCUCAUUUGUCAGCAUAAAACCUGAUAUUAUUGAAUUUUGAAUAUCAUUCAUGCCUAGGUAUACCUUUUUGUUAUUCUAUUACCAAGUAAUGUUUUCUUUAUGGAAUCAAUUUUCUGAAGAAAAUUAGUGAGUAAAAAAUUACAAGAGUUUUAUUCUAAAUGAAGCUAAUAUUUAAAAAGAAGCUUCAAAGAAAAACAGGAAAAAACAAAACUACAAUGCUUGCUCUUAUCUGUAAUGAUUACUGGUGCACAGAUUUUGUUCAGAAAUCGUUUAGGAACAAGUAGAAAUAUGCACUCUCAUUCCCUGAAAUGAGCAAUGCUCAUUCCCUGAAAGUAAGACUGUCACUACACUUAGACAUGUAAGGCUGCUGUCCAUCUCUUUUAUCAGCUGUUUCCUAACUUCUAUUUCCUAAAUACUGCAACGUCCUAUUUUCUUUUACACAAGUGAAAGAAGUAUAUGGAUAUACUUAAUAAAAUCUAAGAUCUAUAGGUGAUUUUCACAUCACUGUAUCACUGUCAUCCCUUUGUUCAUCGAUUUACUCAACCGGGUGCCAGUAACAUUUCUAUUACACUCAGUCCUGAGAUUUUAGCAGCAUCUCCAUACUCGUUUUUUCCCAAUGAUUGAAGGUUGUUUCAGGGUCGGGGAAAUGAAACCUACUGUUACUAUUUUUGGCAUAUCGAGUAUGCCACGGGUAGGGGUAGCUUGCCAGGCUCUGCCGUGCGGGGGGGAUGCUCUCAGUAGCUUGCCGGGCUCUCUGAGAGGUAUGUAUAUACCUGUUACUGUAUUUUGGAUAUGGAUACGCCAUGAUUUUCACAUAUAGAAAUACAAACCUGGCUUUGUUCUUUUGUUUUGAUUUUAGCAUUAAGUGUUCACUUUGACACUAGUCAUAAAUGAAGCUAAGUUCACACAAAAAAUUGAAAAUAAAUACCACAAAUUUAGCUUUUUAAUAUUUUUAAAUGAUCUAUUAAAUACCUGGUACAAUUGGUCUUGAGUUUGUUUCACUUCCCUUACUAUACCUAGCAACAUGUUUCUUGUAUCUAUUUCUAAAAGGAAAGCUUUUACCACGGGACAGGUAAAUAUUAAAGGCCUAGAACUACAAAAUCAGAGGAUGAGAGUCAUGCAUCAAGCAUUCUUGCAUUAUAUUUCUUCUUUUUUUUACUUUCCUUCGAGUUUUCAAGUAAUUUUGACAUGGCAAUGCCCGACUUUUCCUUUUAAUGUUUUUCUUCCUUUUCUCUGCCUAGAUAUUCUUGCCUAUCUCUGGCAUUUAGGACUAUUUAAUAUAGACUACUAGUUUCUGAUACUAUCAGAAAUUAACAAAUGUAGCGGGAAGGGCUGGUCCAUACCAGACAGACUGGGAGUAACUCCUAGCUCAAUGCUUGGAAGUUGCUCUGGUGGUGGUGGAGCUUGGGGGGAGAAAUGCAGUGAUAGAGAAUCUAACAGGGCUAGACACAUGUAAGGCAAGUGACUUAACCUCUGUACUAUUGCUCAAGCCCCUCUAGUAUUGUUUUAAGAAGUUGCAAUAGUAAAAGUUAUGUUUUAAAGCCAACUGUAUUAUAAGUUUCAAGUACUUUUCAUUAAUAACCCUAUUCUAUUUAAAGUAUGUUGGAUUUUUUUCUCCUUGUUAGUUAACUUAAAAUUCAAAGGGUACAGAACUUACACAAAUAAUAUUGCAUUUACUCUGGGGCCUCAAACUAGAAACUGAAAACAGUUUAAAAACCUUUUGAAAGUUUUUGAAUCCAAAUGGUUCCCACUUUCAAACUGCUGGACAUUAAAUUCAGGUUUGUUCUAUAAUUGAGCACUGUAUCAAAAUAUUUACUGGAUUAUUCAUUCAAAAUAAAAUAGAUUUUAUGGGUAAAUCUUCAUAUGUAUUUUUAAAAAUCAUUUUGCUUUUGCAAACUAAUAGAAGAUAUCACUUUAAUAUAUUUAAGAUAUGUUUUGAGUCAAUCAUAGAGCUUAGGAAUAUAAAAUAAUAUAUAUUAAUAUAAUAAUCACUGUUUCCAGUAACAAUGUUAUUAUUUUCACAUUUGACAUGAAGCAGUUAGGCUUCUCUUGAGAAGAUUAACAUCUCAGAAAAAAAAUCCAGGAGGGAAAGGAAUUAUUCUUGCACACAAUCAUCCAUCUGUUAUUAUAUACCUGCCCCUUAGGCUACAUGGACUUAAUUUAGGAAAGAGUUUCUUUGUCUCCACACCCACUUUUUUCCAUUUGUCACUUCAUACAUGAGACAUUUUAAUAAGGAAGAAGAAAAGGCAAACUGAUUUACUUUUGCUACUUAACUAAUUAUUAUAGGAG